UCUGCGGACCCUUUCUGGCCUCCUGUCCGCGGCCCCAUGAAGAAAACCAACAUGUGGUUCUUGGAGCGGUUUCGGGGGUCGGGGGAAAAUGGAGCCGCGGGGGGCGAGGGUGGGGACAAGGCUGCCAAGGGGCCCCUGUACAGCAACGUGCUCACUCCGGACAAGAUCCCCGACUUCUUCAUCCCCCCUAAGCUGCCUGCCGGCCCGGCGGAGCCGGAGGGGCAGGCUGAGCUGGGGCCCUCCACCUCGGAGCAGAACCUAGCCUCCGCUGCGCCGCGCAGAGCCCCGCGGAGCCCCCGGCUGCCCGCCAAGCUGGCUGCCGAGAGCAGGAGCCUGCUGAAGGCGGCCUCCCGGCACGUGAUCCAGAUCGAGAGCGCCGAGGACUGGCCGCCGGAGGAGGCUGCCACCAACGCAGACCCCCAGGCCCAGGGCGCCAUGGCGCUGCCCUCAGUGCCCAAGGCCCAGACGUCCUACGGCUUCACCACGCUGGCUGAGAGCCCCCACACGCGGCGCAAGGAGUCUCUGUUCCACAGCGAGCACGGAGCUCUGGCCCAGGUGGGCUCUCCAGGCACCGGACGCCGUCGGUGGGGCACCAAGGCCAACGGGGGCGAAGGGGCGUCCAGGGAGGCCGGCGGGGCCCUCAUGAGCCCCAGCCGCUGUGUCAGCGGUGGGGAGAGCGACACAGGGUCCUCAGCCGAGUCCUCCCCAUUCGGGUCCCCUCUGCUGUCCCGCUCCAUGUCGCUGCUCAAAGGCUUCCUGCUGGCCGCCGAGGGCCUCUACGACCGCCUGUGCGACGCCCGCAGCAUCAACUGCUGCGUCGGCCUGUGCCUGGUGCCGGGCAAGUUGCAGAAGCAGCGCAGCACCAUCAUCAAGAGCAGCCGCCACCCCGUCUUCAAUGAGGACUUCUUCUUCGACGGCCUGGGGCCCGCCAGCGUGCGCAAGCUGGCCCUCCGGAUCAAGGUGGUGAACAAAGGCAGCAGCCUCAAGCGGGACACGCUGCUUGGGGAGAAGGAGCUGCCGCUCACCUCUCUGCUCCCCUGCCUGUGAAGGGCUGCGGCGCCCACGCCCACGUGCGGGGAGACCCCGCCCCGACCGGAAGGGAGCCUCGGGGUAGGUGGCCUUCACCUCAGGCUGGGCGGGGCCCUGAUGCUGCAGCCUGUGGUGGGGUGACCAUCUGUCCAGGGGAGAAGAAGGUGGGCUCUGGGGAAAAGAAAGCCCACUCUGCAGGCUGCGCCCCCCUGGGCCCCAAGUUCCAUGCCCCCACCUCCGCCUCCCACCUUUAGGCGUUCUGGAACCUGGGCCAGAAAGCAGCUGAGGCACCUCACAGACCCCGAGGCUGCCGGUCCUGAGGCCCAGCGGAAUCGGCUCCUUGCUGUGGGAGUGUCCUCCUCCCCCCAGGAGAAGUGCCAGGCCCAGGUUCCACCAGGGGACCCCAUGGGGCUGCGGGAGGACCCCCAGCUGGGUUAGGCUGGCUCUGGGCAGCCCUCGGUCCUCUCAGGUUCCAGAGGCAAGAGCCAAUCAGAAGGCGGAGAGCCACUUCCUGGCAGACAGGCAGCAGUGGACAUAGCGCCAGAAUAUGAAAAUGGGGGGAUGGCUCCUUCUGUCCCGCCUGUUGGCUGUUUUCCUCCACCACCUUCUCUGCUCCGGACCCUGCGGCCAUGUGGGAGUGACUGCCGCCUCCUUUCCUUGGAAGGGGUCGCUCAGAAGGUGCCCAGAGCACAGUGCCAGCUCGUGUCCCCUGCUCCUCCCUCUCCCCUGCGGCUAGAGGUGCUGCCCCUGCCUCCCUGAGCGGCGACCUCGGCAGCCGGACCCCAGGAAGUGAUACUUGUGACCGGUGGCCUUGGCUGUUACUCCCUUGCAUGUACAUAGGUUGUGGUUAGGGUGGGGGCGGACAGAAGGACAAAGGGGUGGGGUGGGGAGACUGUGCUUGUGGCUUUUCAUACUGCUAAAGGCAGCUGCAUGGGUUUAAUUGUUGCGUCAGUACAUGGGUCCUUGGAUGAUUUUUGUGGAGGUUUCCAGCUCAACAGAACAGAAAUGAUACACUUUGAAGCAGGGGCCAGGCAAGGCCAGCUCUGUCCCUUGGCCUCCCCUGGGUGGACCAGGGCAGUCUUUGGGGAUCCUGGGGUGCCCCUCUCAGCCCAAACAUUGUCCCUCCUGACUGGGUUUCCAGAGCACACCAGGGGAGAGGUGAAAGAGCGUAUUUCACCCCCCAGAGCCGGGGUGGGGGUAGGUGGGGGGAAGAAUGUGUUCCUUUCUGUACAUCUGCACAUACCAGUGCACGCCUGAGACUCAUAAUGGGGGCCCUUGGCGCUGGGGUCUCUUGCUGUGCCCCCUCCAGCCUCUGCCCUGGGCCUGCUCCCUCAUGCACCCUGCUCUUGGGGUCAUAGGGCCUCCUCCUUCUCUCCGGAACCUGGGGACCACUCUGGGCUGGGUCUGUGGGUGGAGGAGGCAGACAGAGCAUGGAGUUAGAUGCUUGGAGCUCAUACCUCCCUCCUCUCUGCCCCUGAACUCUCCCGCCCCUGGUUUCCCUCUGGAGACCCCCAUCUUUAUGCUCCUGCACUGAUAUCUUUGUGUUUGAAGUUGACUGUGGGUACAUCUUUAAGACAUCCUCCCCCAAAUGUGUUUGUUUAUAAAUGCUGUUUUUAGUGCAAUAAAGGUGUUUCGGGAGA